CCCACUCCCACCCAAUCCAUCUGAUUUUAUAGCACCUCUUCUCUCUCUCCCCCUUGUUCUCCUCCUCCUCCACUGUCACUGAUUCCGCGUUCUUCACAUUCCCGAAAGGCCGAAGCUUUCAGUGGCGGGACCAAAGAGCUCCUCGUUCGAAUCAGUCGUCGAAAGCGGCAGCAUUUUUUAUGCUCUCGAAGCACCAAAGGCCCACACUGUUCGGCGCUUUCGAAUCGAACCCCCAAAAGCCCAAAGGGGUCUCCGUCGAUUUUUGUUUCUCUUUCAGAAGGGAAAUAGAUUAUUUCGUAGGUUAAAUUAUUGGGUCAAUUUGAAAUGCAGAAGAGCCAGCGAUUUUUGUGGGUUUUAAAGCCGAUCGGAAACUCGCCGGCGAUUUGAUGGAAUCGGUGCCCAUAGUUUUUCAGUUUCCCGCAUUUCAUGGAGGUGAUUAUGCGGCGUCGUCCAUGUCCCUCUCUCAGAUUCGCCGUCGUUGUCCUCAAGGUUAUUUUGCUAUUUUUAUGGUUGGAAGCUGGUAAUGCAACAUUCCAAGAAAGCACAGUGCAAGGGCAAAGCCCAGAAUUGUUAUCCGAUAACAUUGUUUCACAUUCCUGCAUUCAUGACCAGAUAAUCAAACAGCGGAGGAGACCUGGUCGCAAAGUGUACACUGUUACCACGCAGGUGUACGAGGGGUCUGGUGUAUCAAAACCCCUUCACCAAAAGGGUAGGGCAUUACUUGGAAUUUCCAAGUACUCUGUACAGCAGAAGGAUAUUAAAAGGCCUAUUAGAAUAUAUUUAAAUUAUGAUGCUGUUGGUCACUCUCCUGAUAGAGAUUGUCGAAAUGUUGGCGAUGUUGUGAAGCUUGGGGAGCCACCUGUGAUUUCGAUUCCUGGCACUCCUUCUUGUAAUCCUCAUGGUGAUCCUCCAAUUUCUGGUGACUGCUGGUAUAACUGCACCUUGGAUGAUAUAGCUGGGAAGGACAAAAGGCAACGCCUUCGCAAGGCUCUAGGGCAGACUGCAGACUGGUUCAAGAGAGCCUUAGCUGUUGAACCUGUGAGGGGGAACUUGCGGUUGAGUGGGUAUUCAGCCUGUGGCCAGGAUGGAGGUGUACAACUGCCACGUGAAUAUGUUGAAGAGGGUGUUGCUGAAGCAGACUUGGUUCUUCUGGUGACAACAAGACCAACCACUGGGAACACCCUUGCAUGGGCAGUGGCUUGCGAACGUGAUCAAUGGGGUCGUGCAAUUGCAGGACAUGUAAAUGUUGCUCCUCGCCAUCUGACAGCUGAAGCAGAAACUUUACUUUCUGCUACUCUCAUACAUGAGGUUAUGCAUGUUCUCGGUUUUGAUCCCCAUGCAUUUGCUCAUUUUAGGGAUGAAAGGAAAAGAAGGCGUAGUCAGGUUACAGAACAAAUUAUGGAUGAAAAGCUUGGGCGAAUGGUGACUCGUGUGUUGCUUCCACGUGUUGUCAUGCAUUCAAGAUAUCAUUAUGCGGCAUUCUCUGAGAAUUUCACUGGUUUAGAGCUCGAAGAUGGUGGAGGACGCGGCACAUCAGGGUCACACUGGGAGAAAAGACUUCUAAUGAAUGAAAUUAUGACGGGGUCAGUGGAUACAAGAUCUGUGGUUUCAAAAAUGACACUUGCUUUACUAGAAGAUAGUGGAUGGUACCAGGCCAAUUAUAGUAUGGCAGAGAAUCUUGAUUGGGGCCGCAACCAAGGAACUGAAUUUGUGACUUCCCCUUGCAAUCUCUGGAAGGGGGCAUAUCAUUGCAACGCAACCCAAUUGUCAGGAUGUACAUACAACAGAGAAGCUGAAGGUUACUGUCCGAUCGUAAGUUACAGUGGAGACCUACCCCAGUGGGCACGCUACUUUCCACAGGCUAACAAAGGUGGUCAGUCCCCACUGGCUGAUUAUUGCACCUAUUUCGUUGCUUACUCUGAUGGGUCAUGUACUGACACUAACAGCGCACGGCCACCUGACAAAAUGUUGGGUGAAGUACGAGGAAGUAACUCUAGGUGUAUGGCUUCAUCAUUGGUACGUACAGGGUUUGUACGGGGUUCGAUGACCCAAGGAAAUGGAUGUUAUCAGCACAGAUGUGUUAAUAAUUCAUUAGAGAUUGCUGUGGAUGGUAUGUGGAAAGUAUGUCCUGAAGCUGGUGGACCCCUUCAGUUCCCAGGAUUUAAUGGUGAAUUGUUAUGCCCGGCAUACCAUGAACUCUGCAGUAAAGGCCUAAUUCCUGCAAAUGGACAAUGUCCAAUGUCGUGCAAUUUCAAUGGAGACUGUGUUGAAGGAAGGUGCCACUGUUUUCUAGGGUUUCAUGGUUCUGAUUGUAGUAAACGCACCUGCCCGAGCAACUGUAAUGGACGUGGAAGCUGCCUUUCUAAUGGGCUGUGUGAAUGUAAUAAAGGGUACACAGGCAUUGACUGCUCCACUGCGGUUUGUGAUGAGCAAUGCAGCCUUCACGGAGGUGUUUGUGAUGAUGGAGUCUGUGAAUUCCGCUGCUCUGACUAUGCAGGCUACUCAUGCCAGAACAGCACCAUGCUCCAAUCCAGUCUUAAAGUUUGUAAAGAUGUCCUGGAAAACGUCAACUCUGGUGCCGGACAGCACUGUGCACCCAGUGAACCAAGCAUAUUGCAGCAGCUUGAGGAUGUAGUGGUCAUGCCCAACUACCAUCGUUUGUUUCCUGGUGGCGCCCGGAAGCUUUUUAGCAUCUUCGGAACCAGCUACUGUGACACAACCGCGAAGCAGCUUGCUUGCUGGAUAUCGAUUCAAAAGUGCGACAAGGACGGGGACAACAGACUCCGUGUCUGCUAUUCGGCCUGUCAAUCAUACAAUUCGGCAUGUGGUGCUUCGCUCGAUUGCUCGGACCAAACCCUGUUCAGUAGCAAAGACGAAGCACAAGGGCAAUGCACAGGCUCUAGUGAGAUGAGAACGUCAUGGAUUAGCAGCAUACAGAGUUGGUUUUCAAGUAACAGUUCCUCAAAAGGGACGUCUGUAAAAAAUUAGGCAGUUCUAGUUAUUUUUGGUUUUUCGUAAUUUUUUUUGUAGGGUUUUAAUUUUACGAAAAGGUGGCGGCAUUUCAAUGCCUGGGCCUUUUAGAUGUUAGGGUUCCAUUCAGCAAGGCCCAAUAAAUCAUUAAAAAAAAUGUUGGGCCGGGAGGUGAGCUGUUGCUUUCAAAGAUGAAAGCCUGCUUGUAGGGAAAUUUAGAAAUGCAUGAAAUGCAAAGGGGAUUCCAAAAGUAACAAGGAAAAAAAAAAGUUUAGGGAAGCUUGUUGAGUUGAGUUGUUUGUGCAGUGGUUUGGCCGAAGGCCUUGAAAUUUGAAAGAAAAAGGAAAAAAAAAAAAGCCCUUGUAUUUGUUUA